GCAGAGGUCGUUAGGACGGUCUCCAUUUUGUUAGCUUCUUAGCAAAAUAAAUCUUCGUCGGUGGUUUUAGGGCAACUCGUUUGUCCUCAGAGUUGCUCUUUGUCACCUGACAGUGAAAACUUGUGACAAUGUGGUAUGAAAUCCUGCCGGGCUUCGGCCUCAUGACCGUGUUUCUCAUUAUUCCCGGCAUCGCCAACAUUAUCGGCCAAAAGUAUUCAAACGGAGGAAAGGAGAAGAGGAUCGCUCGGGUUCCGUGGCAAUGGUAUCUGAUGCAGAGAGACAAGCGAGUGUCCGGAACAGGACAGUACUUUGAGUCCAAGGGACUUGAGAACAUUAAGUGAUGAUGAGGAAUGUGGGGGCCGUGAUGAGAAGAAAUUUCUUUGUUGUAUAUUAAAAUAUGCUAUAUACCAUUCAAUUGUUUGUUUUUUUCAGUCUUUUAUGGCAGUUGUCCCUGUGACCAAUUAAACUAUUCCAGACCGGAAA